AUGGAGGCGGCGGCGGCGGCCCCGGCCCCGGGCGGCGGCCCCGGUACCCUGCUGCUCUGCCUGGCCCUCGCCUCCGGCUUGGCAUUCUUCGUGGGAGCCGACACCAACGUCACCGCCGGCCACGGCACGGAGGGGCUCACCUGCGGCAGCGCCAAGGGAUGCACAGGGAACGGGACGCAGCUGCGGCGGCAGGGCCACUUCUCCCGGUGCCCGGAGGAGUACCAGCACUACUGCGUCAAAGGGAGGUGUCGCUUCCUCGUGGCCGAGCAGGCACCGGCUUGUGUGUGCGAGCGAGGCUACACCGGUGCUCGCUGCGAGAGGGUGGAUCUGUUCUACCUGCGAGGGGACCAGGGCCAGAUCGUCAUCAUCUCCCUGAUCGCCGCCAUCGUCACCCUCAUCAUCCUCGUCGUCGGCAUCUGCCUCUGCAGUCACCACUGUCGGAGGCAGCGUAGGAAGAGAAAGGCAGAAGAGAUGGAGACAUUAAACAAGGAUUCACCUUCCAGAAGCGAAGACGUGCGGGAAACGGGCAUCGCGUGAAGGAGCUCUCGGUACCUGCGGGCGGGUCCCGGACGGCAGCACCGGCUGGCUCCAUGGGCGAGGGCUAAAACGUGCAGCGGCUUGAAUAAAGGGGUGACGGAAAGGUG